UGUGAUUAUGAAUCCUAAAAGUGUUGGUAAAUAGCUAGUAUAUUCGAAGUCAUAAUUUUAUAGUCUUGGAAACGAUUGUUUGUAGUGACGUUGAAUUAAAAUUCAUUGAUUAUAAAUCUGUAUUGAAAGGAGAGCUGAGUAUGUAAUAUUGUAGAAUGUAACAAGGAAUUCCGGCAAAAUCAAAGCAAAUCAACGGCAAGAACAAUGUGAGAAGGAGAGGGACUUGCCGUCCUCUUUCUUCACAACCCUCCAAACACCUUUCAUUGAGGUUAACCAUCAAACAUUUUGUCUACAUCCCACAAGUUAUUUCUUUCACCUUUUAAUACGACACUGCAACCCAUCUUUGCCUGAGCCACAAAAUCAUCAGGCCAAAGGUUGCUUUGCUUCCAUUUCUUGAAUCACUUCCAUUUCUUGAAUCACAAUGGCGCCAAAGGUCAAUAGGACUAACACCAAUAGAAAUCUUGAGACUUUACUUGACAUAGACAAAACAGUGGCUGCAAAGAAAAAUGCUGUGCCACUUGAGCCCAGGAAGAUGAUUCCAGGCCAUGGCCUUCAAUUCAAAAAUGUAUCGUAUAGUGUUAAGAAGAAGAUGAAGAAAGAUGGUGUUUGGAUCACCAAAGAAGCUUAUCUUCUCAAUGAUAUAUCUGGCCAAGCUAUAAGGGGUGAAAUUAUGGCCAUCAUGGGGCCUAGUGGUGCUGGAAAAUCCACUUUUCUUGAUGCCUUGGCUGGUCGGAUUGCGCAGGGUAGCCUUGAAGGAUCUGUCAAGAUUGAUGGGAAAUCGGUAACUACAAGCUACAUGAAGAUGAUUUCAUCUUAUGUGAUGCAAGAUGAUCAGCUCUUCCCUAUGUUGACUGUUUUUGAGACCUUCAUGUUUGCAGCUGAAGUUAGGCUUCCACCUUCCAUUUCCAGGAGUGAGAAGAAACAAAGAGUGUAUGAACUCCUUGACCAACUUGGUUUAACGAGUGCGACACACACAUAUAUUGGUGAUGAAGGAAGGAGAGGAGUUUCAGGUGGGGAAAGGCGAAGGGUGUCUAUAGGAAUUGAUAUAAUUCACAAGCCAUCACUGCUGUUCCUUGAUGAACCCACCUCAGGUCUUGAUUCUACAAGUGCUUUUAGUGUGGUGGAAAAGGUGAAGGACAUAGCUAGGGGUGGCAGUAUUGUCUUGAUGACCAUCCACCAGCCUUCUUACAGGAUUCAAAUGCUCUUGGACCGCAUCACAAUUCUUGCAAGGGGAAAUCUGAUAUAUAUGGGAAGUCCAGGUGCUCUUCCUGCUCAUCUCUCAGGAUUUGGAAGGCCGGUUCCUGAUGGUGAAAACAGCCUGGAGUAUCUUCUUGAUGUAAUCAAAGAGUAUGAUGAGUCCACUAUUGGACUUGAGCCUCUUGUUCUUUACCAAAGAGAUGGAAUCAAACCUGAUCCAGUUGCCAGGACGCCUAUUCCCAAGACACCAAAGACCCCAAAAACGCCAAGAACUCCAUAUAUGAAUACCCCUGGAUCCAAGCAUGCACUUAGCCUUCGGAGCCAAGCAUUUUCAAUUAAUGGAAAUAUGACAUCUAGAACUGACUCUGUACAAUUUGAUUUUGAUGAUGAUGACGAUAACUUUGGUAAUUCCCUUGAGCGUAGAACUAUGCCUACGCCAAUGCAUAAGCAAAGUGGUGUCUAUCAACCACGUUUGGCAUCACAGUUCUACAAAGAUUUUUCAGUCUGGCUCUACCAUGGUGUCAAGGGAACUCCCCGCCGUGCACCCUCUUGGACUCCCGCUAGAACUCCAGGAACGACUCCAGGAAAAUCGCAAAUUUCUGGAGCAAGAAGUCAAGUCUCAAGCCGGUAUGCAACCCCACAACAGAUCCCUUCUCGCCCAAAAAAUCCAGUGGUCUUUAGCUCCUCAGUGGAGGACUCAUAUGCUGCUUCUUAUGAGGAUUUUGACAUGGAAGAAGAAGAAGUGCUUGAUGAGCCAGCACACGGUCCUAAAUUUGCUAACCCAUGGCUCCGAGAGGUUGCAGUUCUCUCAUGGCGCACAGCACUCAAUGUUGUUCGCACUCCUGAGCUUUUCCUGUCGAGAGAAAUCGUAUUAACUGUUAUGGCACUAAUUCUUUCCUCACUUUUCAAGAACCUGAGUGAACCAAUAUUCAAAACAGUGAACCGGCUUCUGAAUUUCUACAUCUUUGCAGUUUGCCUGGUUUUCUUUUCAUCCAAUGAUGCUGUCCCAACAUUCAUCCAGGAAAGAUUCAUCUUCAUCAGAGAAACUUCCCACAACGCAUACCGUGCUUCCUCUUAUGUCAUCUCCUCUCUUAUAGUUUAUCUCCCAUUUUUUGCCAUUCAAGGUUUAACCUUUGCUGCCAUAACCAGAUUCCUGCUGCAUCUGAAAAGCAGUCUCUUAAACUUUUGGAUAAUACUCUUCGCUUCUCUAGUUACUACGAAUGCUUAUGUUAUGCUUGUUAGUGCACUUGUCCCCAGUUACAUCACAGGCUAUGCAGUUGUGAUAGCCACCACAGCACUUUUCUUCCUGACUUGUGGGUUCUUCCUGAAGAGGACCCAGAUACCAGUCUACUGGAGGUGGCUGCAUUAUAUAUCUGCAAUCAAAUAUCCAUUUGAAGCUAUGUUAUCAAAUGAGUUCAAGGGAACAAGAUGCUAUAAUGGGGCUCCUGCAGACCUUUCACCUGGUCCUCUAGGAGAUAUCAAACCUAGCAAACUGCAUACUAGUUACACAAAUGGAACGACCUGCCCGUUGAUAGGAGAAGAUAUUCUAACCACAAUGGAUAUUAAGAUGGACAAUCUUUGGUAUGACAUUGCAAUCUUGCUAGCUUGGGGAGUUCUUUACAGGCUCUUCUUCUACGUGGUUCUCAGAUUUUAUUCCAAGAAUGAGAGGAAAUAAAUAUCCUCUUUGCAUUUGCUUCUCUUUCAAAUCCAAGUUUGUCGGCUAAGUGAAGACAGUAUCCAUACAUAUAGAUGUUAGUAGCAUGUAAUGAAUGUUGGAAGUUCUAAUGAUGAGAUUUAGCCUUCUGUUCUUGAUACUUGGGGGAUUGUUGUUGGGAAAGCCAAAAAUUAGUUUCUAAUUGUUUUUUAAAAAAGCACCCUGUUAGCUACAGCUGAAAAAAAUAAUUGAAAAGUUAUUUUAUAUUUUGAAGUUUUUAUGAUUAAAAUAUAUUAAAUAUAAAUUAAAAUAAAAAUUUAAAAAUUGUUAAUAAAUAUUAAAAUAAAAAUUUGAUAGGUGGAUUGUACUC